CAUUGUAGCCUUUUUAGAAUGCAGUGGGCGGAUUACCAAUGCAUUUUAGGGACUUUUUAGAGUGGAGCAGUGGGGAAUAUCGUAGCCUUUUUUUUAGUACUUUCCUUUCCUUUUAUUUUUAUUUUGGCCUUUAAAUCUCAUCCUCUCUGCACAAAUAGUGUAAAUAUCUUGGAUUGACAUGCUCAGCGAGGAAUCUCCUUUCUCAUUUAUUUAGUGUUGCAGAGCUUCAUCAUCUCCUUCAUUCUCAGUCUGUCACUCACCACUCUAUGCGCUGGCUGGGCACCGCUGUCACUCCUUGCAGCUGCAGCUGUGUGAAUUGAGUGCUACAUGUCGUCAAUUUUCUGAGGUUCUUGGAGCCUUGGAGCGUUCAUCUAAAAAAAAGAAGAAAAACUUUGGCAGUGUUCUUUAUUGCUAUCUAUCUGCCUCCUUGCUAUCCUCGUCAGCCAAUUUACUCACACCUGGGGCCUGGGGGCUUGCAUGCCAUCAAUGCUCCAUCUGUGAUGAUCAUGUGAACAUCUGCAUUUUGCUAUCACAGGAAAUCCCCUCUCAUGGUCCACAGUAGGUGGAGUUUGGCUGGACUUCAUUUAUUCCCAAAUAUUCGAGCUUUUGAAGCUUUAAUUGUUCACAAAUUCCUGUGUUGUUGGGAAACACAGCGCCCCUUUGGGUGAAGCUUUGGCCCUCGCACCUCGUUCCAGCAAAGAUUUCAACUUUUUUUUGAGGUUCUGAUAGCUCAAGAAUAAUAUUUCUGCUACUGUUCUUGGAGCUUUGCUCUUGCCGGUUUCCAAGAUCCCUCCUUUUUCAGAUCAUUUCCAAGAUCUGAGCUUGAGAGUUCUUGUAGCAAAGCAAAGGAAUCCACCAAAAAACCCAAAGAUUCGGAGCUUGGAGCUGGAGUAAUCCUUCCAUGGGUUCCUGGUCCGGCCAUGGAACGGCGGCGGUGGCCGUGGCGCUUGUUUCUUGGCUGUGCUUCGCGGCGGCCGGCGUCGGCGCGAUUGGGGCGAACUGGGGCACGCAGGCGAGCCACCCGCUGCCGCCGGACACGGUGGUGCAGAUGCUCAAGGACAAUGGGUUCCAGAAGGUGAAGCUGUUCGACGCCGAGGAUGGCACCAUGAACGCCCUCAAGAAGAGCGGGCUGGAGGUGAUGGUCGGCAUCCCCAACGAUUUGCUGCUGACUAUGGCGACAAGCAUGAAGGCCGCGGAGAAGUGGGUCGACAAGAACGUCUCCAACUUCCUCAACGACGGCGUCAACAUCAGGUACGUUGCAGUUGGGAACGAGCCUUUCUUGGAGACAUACAACGGAAGCUUUCUACAAACCACUUUUCCUGCCAUCAGAAACAUACAAAGCGCACUUAUAAAGGCCGGUUUGGGCAAUCAAGUUAAAGUCACAUGCCCUCUCAAUGCCGAUGUCUAUCAGUCAUCAACCAUCAAGCCUUCUGAUGGGGACUUCCGUACGGAUAUUUAUGAUCUGAUGCUCACGAUUGUAAAAUUUCUGAGCGACAAUGGUGGAGUUUUCACUGUCAACAUCUAUCCUUUCAUAAGCCUCUACAGCGACCCAAACUUCCCUGUGGACUAUGCCUUCUUUGAAGGGGCUUCGUCACCUAUUGUUGAUGGCUCUGUGACAUAUACAAACAUGUUUGAUGCAAAUCAUGACACACUUGUAUGGGCUCUGAAAAAGAAUGGCUUUGGAAAUCUCCCAAUCAUUGUUGGGGAGAUAGGAUGGCCGACUGAUGGGGACAUGAAUGCCAAUGCUCAGCUCGCCCAACGCUUCAACCAAGGCUUCAUGACUCAUAUCGCUUCUGGGCGAGGGACGCCGAUGAGGCCUGGACCGGUUGAUGCUUACUUGUUCAGUCUAAUUGAUGAGGAUGAGAAGAGCAUACAGCCAGGAAAUUUCGAGCGGCACUGGGGGAUCUUUACUUAUGAUGGCCUACCAAAGUAUCAACUGAAUAUGGGGACAGCAAAUUCGCGCGGCCUUGUCAGAGCAAAGAAUGUGAAGUACCUUGAAAAGAAGUGGUGUGUACUGAAGCCUACCAUAAGCCUUAGCGAUUCAAGAAUUUCAGACAGUGUGAGCUACGCGUGCUCCCUGGCAGACUGCACCAGUCUUGGUUACAAAACUUCAUGUGGUCUGCUGGACAUACGAGGCAACGUCUCUUACACGUUCAACAGCUACUACCAGAAGAAUGAUCAAGAUGAUGUGGCCUGUGGUUUUUCAAACCUCGCAACAACCACAGGCCAAGACCCCAGCACUGGAACAUGCAGAUUCGGUAUCAUGAUCGAGGUUGACUCAGCCUUCUCAUGGAGGCUGCAGCGGUUCAGAAGCGACUGCCUCUUGAUGCUUCUGCUUCUGCUUCUCCAACUAUGCCUGUCAUUCUCAUAGAUGCAUGUUUCAUAAGAGAUGACCGUGAGGGCAUCAGCAAUCUGACAGCUUUAUGAUAUUUGAUGUCUGUUGUCAGUAUCAUUCAUGUAGAAAACUUUUUUUUGAAUCCUCCUUUUUUGGAAGGAAACCGCAGACUGCGGUUCCAUCCAUGCUCGGAUUAUUGUUAGUGUAGCUUUGAUCCAGCAGUACCAUUGUGAUGGGAAUGAUGCUUUGAGCCA